UUUCAAUGUGUUCGGUGACGCCUUCUAAGAAGAGCGACGAGCGAAGCUGGAAGGUGGAUGCGCUGGCGGGUUUUGGGGGGUCCAAAAAAGUUGACGGACACGCGGUUAGUCACUGUGGACUGCCCGUGUCGUAGACUUUCACCAAGAGAAGCUGUAAUAAAAGCCAACGAUAUUUCGCGUCGCGGCGGGCAAACGAACUACUGUACACGGCGUCACAUUACGGUUGACUUUCAGAAGCAAUGUUGCCCCGUCCAGAGGAAGGUGCCAAUUAGAGAAGCCGACAAGUUAAACCACGACCGUCAGAAGCAGCGUGCCGUGUAAGAAGAGAAGAUGCCGGCUCCCGUCAGCUUGUCGGACCUGCUCCGCCUGUCCAUUGGCACCCCGGAGGUCGGGUCUGUCAAUUUCGGCGCGCUUCGCGCCCUGCUCCACGGCAUCCUGAGCCACCUCCAAAUCCAAGAGGUGACAGCUGAGCUACGGGACGAGGACAGCGACCUGCACGACCGUGGCGCUCACCCUCAGCCCGCCACUUUCCAUUACAUGGAACGAAAAGUGGCUGACAUCGAGAAGCAGGUGGCGGCUCUCAGCGGUUUGCCCAGCGCUGCCGAGUUGCUCGAGCGAUCCAAGACGGCCAGUCCCGGCGACUCUCCGGUCAAUGAUAUGUGGCAGCUGAUCGUGAUGAAGAAGAAGAUCGAGGCCAAUGAGGAUGGCGUCUCAAAGGCUAUGGCCCUUCUGCAGGAGAUGCUGUGCGAGAUCAACGAGUUGAAGAAGAGCACCAAGCGGCUGGAGCAGGAAUCGCAGAGAAUAAGUGGGCAGCUUUCACAGAUUGAUUUAAUGGAACUCAAGGAUAAACUGGCAGGAGUUGACAAGUGCCUGAAGCAGGUGGAUGGCCUUGGCACAUCACUGAAUUCUCUGCAGGACAGAAUGGGCCGCUAUCCAAGUCCAGAAGAACUCGACGGAUUCAUCAACUGGGAUGUUCUGCAGGAAACCUUGGUGAAUGAGAGCAACAAGCUUCACGAGAAGCUGAAGCUUUCAACCCAGCAGACAUCGGAAACACAACUGCGGGCCCAGUCUUCUGAAUCAGAGGCGUCCACUAAAGGUCCAGCGCCCUCAAAUGAGACAUCGGCCAUCCAGCAGCAGCAGCUCCCCAGCCCUCCACCCCGUCCUGAGACGUGGGAAUCAGUGGGACAAGCGGAAGUGAGUGUUUCUUCACCUUUCAAACCUCAGAGCCCCCUUGUUCCCUCCCGCCCUGUGUCAUCGGCGGCGAGCAGUGGGAUGGAGCGCUACCCUGAGACGGUUGAUGCUCUGCGUCACAUUGGCCAGCUGAAGGAGCGACACGAGUCCCUGGAGGAGCGGGUGAAAAGGCUGGAGGAUAUUGCAGCGGAUUUUGCCGAAUUCGAUACAGCAGCUGUCCUGCAGCAACUGGCAAAACUCAAAGAGCAGCUGAAGACCAUCAAUGAUGAAAAGCAUAAGGACGGCGAGUUCCUGGGACGCAUCCGGCGUGACAUCCAGCAGCUGCAGGCCGAGUGUGAAAGGCUGAACACGACUGGAAAGCGCAUGAUGGAUGAACGUGACCAGCAGGAGCAGCGCCUGAAGCAUAUAUAUGAAGCUGUGCAAAAACUUGAAGAGAAGAAGGCUGACAAGGUGCAUGUGGAAAUGGAGAUUGACGUGAAAGCAGACAAGGAUGCGCUGGAGGGGAAAGUGAGCCGCAUGCAGUUUGAUGCCACUACCGAGCAGCUGAAUGGCAUGUUCCAGGAUCUGAUGAGCAAGAUCUCUGGGCAGGAGCAGGACUGGCAAAAGGUCGUCGAGAAGAUCUCCAAUGAGAUGGAGUGCAAGCUCAAUCGCAUAGAGCUGGAGCCGGUCAAGAGACAGCUGGAGGAGCGCUGGAAUGCCAUCCGCAAGAAGCUGCAGGAGACGACGGUGCCGUACAACUCGGACGACGCCGCGGGCAUCAGAAAGCAGCUCGUUGCUCGAUUUCACUGUAUAUCUUGUGACCGGCCUGUCAACAUGAUGGUCCCAAGCCCGCACCUACUGACGGUGACCAGCGCUCCGGGACUCCCGCAUCGAUCAAACCGCUCCUACACCCUGCAUGAUCAGGAGCCGCUACGCCAUCCGUUUAAAAGCGAACGGGCAGCAGACACGGACUACAGCUACCUGGUGGCGCCUCGCAGCUGUGGGGGGCUGCACACCCUGACUUUUCCACACCGGCGUUACACCCGUCUCCAGCCUCCCCAGAUCCUUCAGCAAGAAGAAGAGGUGGCACCAGCGCCAAACAGCAUACGCAACAAGGAGGAGAUAGGCAUCCUUGGCCUGGAUGGGCAGAUUUACAAAGGCCGCAUGGAAUCUCAGGUUGACCCUCGUCUCGAGUUCAGACUCGACUCCCGGCUGCCGACUCUUCAGCCUAAAGAUGAUACUCGACGGAGCCACGAGGUCAAGCAGCGCUCUUCCUCACACAAACCCAGAAGCCCCGACGGUGGACAUGAGGUUACUGCUCGGCCCCAGAGUGCCAUGGCCCACCGCAGCCGUUCAGCUUCAGCAAGACCACGAAAGGAGCGGCCACUGUCCUCCCUGGGGCACGUGUCCGAGGCGGGCAUAGUCCAUUCGUCCACGGAUGGCCAGGCGGGUGAGGGGCGGGAGACCCUACACGUCCGCAUGGAUGUCAGGCUUGGCCACUCGGCUGAGGAGGAGCCCGCCACCGCGCUGUGAGGACCAAGACGUCAUGACGGAGAGAAGAAAGCGCAUCACUUCAGACCCCCCUCGACAUCUCCGCAAGUUGCAGCGGACUGAGUGACUAGAAUCAGCAAAUUCUAAUAAACGCCUUCACG